CUUAGCAAGCAUUUGGGAAGGGAGCUGGCAGCCUGCGCUUUGCCCGCUGCGAUGACCCGCGCUCAUUGGCGGCAUCUGCAUGAAGGAUGCCACAGAGCUAGACCUCAGGCACUCCCGCAGAGUCACUGCGGCACUGGGUCGUUCCAAUGUACCUAAAGUUCUGCAAGUGCUGGGACAGAUGCACCGCCAGGAGGUGGAAGCGAACGUCUUUCACUACAGCGCCGGCAUCCACACCUGUGAGAAGGCGAAUGAGUGGCAAACGGCCAUCCUUUUGCUGCAGCAGAUGUUGGACCAUCGCAUCGCGCCGGACGCCGUGGUGUGCAACGCCACCAUGAGCGUGUUGGAGAAGAGCAGUCAGUGGCACACUGCAUUGGACCUGAUGGUGCAGCUGGCAUGGCUAGUUGUGGAAGCCGACACCAUCAGUUUCAACUCCGCCCUCAGUGGCUUAGCGGCCUCCAAGAACUGGAGAGAUGCCAUGCACUUGGCACAGGUCAUGGAUUACACUGGAGUGGCGCCCAGCAGCAUCACCAGCAACAGCUUGAUCGAUGCGUUGGAGCACUGGCCCAGGGCGCUGCAACUGCUGAAACAGCUGCCACAACGACGGAGGACAUUGGUCACGUACAACUCCCUGAUCUCCGCUUGCGGCCCUUCCGAUCCCUCGGGCCGCUCAUGGACUCAGGGGCCGGGUGCCGAACCAAACGGGCCGAUGCAAUCAGCUUGGCCUUUGGCGGCUUCGUUUCUGAGCAUGUCGUCGUUGCAAGUGCAACCUGAUGUCAUCAGUUACAAUGCCACGAUCAGCGCUUGUGAAAAGAGCUGCGAGUGGCGGCUGCCGUUGCACUUGUUGCAACACUUGGAUGCAGAUGUGGUGGCAGAUGUGGUGAGUUGCAGUGGUGCCAUUUGCGCCUGCCAGAAGGCGUGGAGAGCAUGUUCGCUGUCGCCAGUCAGCCUGCAAAAUUCGCGAGCCAUCAACUUCCAGAUAUGUCCGAGACUGGGAGUUGGCACACCAGCUGAUGUGGAGGAUGCCGCACUGCCGCGUGGGUCCCAACAGCUUCUGUCGCAACAGCGCCAUCGUGGCGGCAGAUGCCUGGCCCAGGUGUCUUCAACUGGCAGGAGAUGUGGAAGAUCUGGUGAGUUGCAACGCCUUGCUCCUGACGUUGAUGUGGCCGACGUGGCCUAUGGCGCUGCAUGUUCUCCAUGCAAUGCCUCAGGCACGAGUGCAGCCCAAUUUGUCGAGUUUCAGCACUGUGUUGAUGUCCUUGGACCGAUGGCCUUUAGCGUUGCAAGUCAUGUCCCGUGUCACCCAGAUGGAUGUGAUUGGUUACAAUUCGUUGCUGAACGCUCACAAGUCUUCUGGUUGGCGCAGCGCCUGCGAAGUGCUCACACGCAUGCCAAGUCCCACAGUCCUCAGCUACAGCUGUGCAAUCAGCGCCUGUGAGUUGUCUGACGUGGCCAACUGCUCAUGGUGAGCCGGUGGUGGAUGCUUCACAGCUUCCCUGCAGCAGAUCGUUCUGCAAAACAGAUCUUGACGAGAACAAAAAGGCGACCAGGGUGCAAAUUUGCGCCCAGCGCCGUGGAGUCGCACAAGGCCGACAAUUGGCUAGCGACAAGGAGCGCAAGGAUGGACGCAGCGAUGUGGACAAAGGGCGCAGGGGGCUGUUGGUUGC